AGUCCUUAACUCCUUACGUUAAAACUGGAAAAACCUCAUCUCGUUCUCCAAAAAAGGACAAUAUUUUCGAAAGCAUUUCGCCUCUCAGCAGCUUUCGAAAUCCCUGAUAUUUUAUUUCGUGACGUGACUCACGCCUUUGCCUCGCACAGAUUAAUCUUCAGGUUAGGAUCACUUGAGAUUCAACCUCCGACCUUUGCUUUCGCUUUAUAGCUAUUUGUUUCCGAUAAUAAGUGAAUCUUCUUUCGUGAUAUGAUAAAUAAAAACGCCCCAGUGAACAUUUAAUAAGUAAAGUAUAAAAUUUUAUCCUUUUUUUCAUCGAUUACGGAGGAAUUUUUAUUUUGGAGCAUUUUGAGGUUAGAUUGCACCAGAGAACAAAAAAUGGAUGAAAAUGCAAGCGCAUCUAAUACUGAAGACAGCGCAUCAAAAAUGUCGCAGUGCUACGAAAAUUACGUCCUCGUAGACGUGGGGGCAAAUCUGACAAAUAAAAAAUACGGCAGAGACCUGGACAGUGUUAUCCAGAGAGCAAAGGAUGCGGGUGUUCAAAAAAUAAUGGUCACAGGAGCAAGUAUACGAUCCAGUAAAGAAGCCUUGCGAUUGACGAGGAUUUACCCUGGAACAUUAUAUUCGACUGCUGGAAUUCAUCCGCAUGAUGCAAAGUCUUGGGAAGAUCCGGACACACUCGAGGAACUCGAAACUAUCGCUGGGAAUGCUGAAUGCGUCGCUAUCGGGGAAUGCGGCUUGGAUUACAAUCGGGAUUUUUCCGAGCCAGAAACACAACGUUCCGUUUUUCACAAACAGGUUGAGCUCGCCUGCCGUUUAAACAAGCCGCUCGUAAUCCACGAACGAGGAGCGCAAUCAGACGUCCUGGAAGUUUUGAGUCACUACACCGAUCGCCUUCCACCAGUUCUGGUGCAUUCCUUCAUCGGAACUGCCGAAGAAGCCCAACUCUACCUCAACCAGGGCUUCUACCUGGGAAUCACCGGCUACCUCUGCAAGGACAAAUCCGACAGCGGCGUCCGACAAUUGCUCGAGGGUGGCCAAGCACCCCUAGAUCGACUCCUGGUGGAAACGGACGCCCCAUUCAUGUAUCCGAACACCAGAGCCAGCAAAUUGCCGCCCCACGUCAAGGAUGCCCUCACUGAACGUUCCAUGACAUUUUUACAGAGAUAUUGCACUUUUCAGCGAAACGAGCCUUGCGCACUUCCGGCGGUCGUCGAAAUGGUCGCGGCUUUUAUGCGAAUCACGCCCGAAGAAGUUGCUCUCGCGACUGCAUUCAAUGCACUCAAACUCUUUGGAUUGAAUCAGUGAUUGGGGUUGAAUUUAAAAAAGUUAUAUUGGUGCUUGCGAAUUUUUUUGUUCGCACUACCGAUGGAAUCAACUCGGGGUGAAUAUUUUGAAUAAUGAAUUAAGAACGCUUUUUGUGAGAAAAUAGGGCAGCUGUGAAUUUUAAUAUUUAUUUUACGCGCUUGAUUUUAGUCAAUAAUUAAUUGAGAUAGGGGUGUGCAAAAACAAAAAACUUUAAAGUUGAGGUUCGAAAGAGUUUGAGCUUUCUGACAAAUUUUUUAAAUACAUUUUAUCCAGGUUUUUGAGCACAAAUUUUAGUUAAAAAUGUAAAAAAUGGUCGUUUUUGGUCCAAAAUGAAUCGAACUUUUGGAAAAUUACAGAAACUUUUGAUAUUUUGUUGUUGUUGAAAUUUUGGAGAUUUACAGUUGAAAACACUUUAAUUUUACAAAUAUAUAAAUAAAAAUUCUAAAAUUUUCAUGAUUUUGGAGAUGAAAAGUCAAGUUUUCAAUUCGAAACUUUCCAGAUUGAAGCAAUUUCUAAUAUAACUCUUCAAAAUUGUAGAACUUUAUAUUGUACAU